UCUCUGAUCCCUAUGCAUGCCUAAAUGCCCAGACAACUUUUAAUUCAAAUGAAGAUGCAAGUGUGGCUAUGUCAAAGCGAGCGCUAACACUAGACCACAAUGCAAACCUUGCUUUGUCUCUAGAGCCCCUAUGUGACACCCAGCUGUCACCUCUGAGCUCCAUCAUGCCUUCUUCACAAUCAGCAUCACUUUUAUUUAGCAAUGCAGAUAAAUGUCAGUCAUGUGCAAAGCAAGAUGACAAAAUCACAGCAUUUAAACCAGAACAUACAAAUGCUAACUUAGAGGGGAAAUGCCCUCCGGUUGCACAACUACAAACCUCAAGUUUGAAUGGAGAAACAAACUCCUCACAUUCUGCAACAUUAAAACUAGAAGCCAGGUCUGUGCAAAAGGAGGAAAGUGCUGCUCCAUCUGCCCAGCAGAGGAGAACCAAGACUCUGAGAAAACAACUGCAUCCCAGGAGAAGUGCUAACAUACAAGACCCAGACUUCCAGGGAGUGACGUUCAGGAUGGACACAGAGCUGGACGACAACGGGGAACAAAGUCGGCUCCUCAUCACUUCAAUGUACAGUAAGGAGCUCCGCAAGAGUGUGAGAAAACGGAGGCUGAGGACACGGACGUCACAGAUAUCCCUUAAAACCAGCAGCUCUGAUGAGGAGAGUUCCUGGAUGACCAGUGUUUCCAAGGGGAAAGUAUGUGCGUCGUGCUGCACCAAGAAGACCCCGAUGUGGAGGGACGCAGAGGACGGGACCCCACUCUGCAAUGCCUGUGGAAUAAGGUAUAAGAAGUACAGAGUGCGCUGUGUCUACUGCUGGCAUAUCCCGAGGAAAGAGGGCAACUCCAACUCCUGCUGCCUCAAGUGUGGAAACUUUGUGAGGCUGACCACAGCUCAGCGCAAACAAAGCACCUAGGGAACAGUGUGACAAAGCUCUACACACAUUUGCAGAUUUGAACACUUUUGUCCACUACGAUGAACUCCAGAUGGGACUGCAUGAGAGAGGAGCAGCACGCAGCGUCUUAUGUGACCCCGUAUUUCAAUUAGUUUCACUGCUACAAGGUUGUACCUCAGGCAACAGAGACAAUUCCCUUUGUGUCUAUGGCUGCUCUAGACGUGCUGUAUACAACAGUAAACUAAUCUUGAGUCUAAACAUUUUGAGGACAUCCACACUUCAAUCUUUACUUCACUGAUCAUAAUGCUACCUUCUAACCUCGUUGUAGUGAGACACCAUUUAUUGUUGGGAUUAUUUUCCUCUACACAGGGUUACAGGGGGACAGUUUACUUUAUCAAUGUCGUUUUAUUCCGGCCCUGAAGGGCUGCUAUAAGAAGUGGACUCAUUCAGUAGAUAAGUCAUAAUUGUCAAACAUUUAAAUAACAUAAUAAAAAGCUUCAGUGUUUCUCGUUGGCUGUGCCAGAUUGCUGAAGUAGAAAGUUAUUUCUGUACAGGACCAAAAGCGGCAACUGUUGUGUUUACUGUCAUCAACUGCAAAACAAUUGAUUUAUUUUGACCUUCCCAGCUGACUUCUAUGUUCAGUAGUUAUACACUUUAAAUGAAGGUCCUUAUUUUCUUUGUCAUCGUUUCUAAAUAUGCUUGUUUUUUCCUCUUUUGUUUGUUUGGGUUUUUGCCGGUUUUAUUGAUGCACUGAAAAAAAAGGGUUUUGGUAUGUAAUACAUUUAGUAUGAAACUUC